AUGAUGCAGGACGAGCAGCAGUGUUUAUUGCCUAGAGAAGACGACGGGGACGUCCAAUUAUCGAUACAGGACGAAGUAUUAAAGGCUGCAUCUGAUUUGAAACAAUGUGAAACGAGUGGUCGUUCUUGGACGUCAUUGCGCAGUGACGUCUGGACUUUACUGCACUAUCGGACGUCGCUUACAGAACGCUCGAAAUUGCAGCGUGCUUCCUACGUCUUGGAAAUUUGUGUACUGGUACUUAUUACACUCAAUGUGUUACUAGCCAUGUAUGUGUCGACAUCAUCCGCUGGUCCUCCACUGGCAACGUCAUCGGACUGGUAUGAAUUGUUUCUGUACGUGUCGACAGCAUUGUUUACGGUGGAGUACGUCCUCCGUCUUUGGUCAUGCGUGGCGGACGACAGAUUUACACAUCCAAUCUGUGGCAGACUUAAGUGGAUGGUACGACCGAUGUCCAUCAUUGACCUUGUCGUGCUUAUUCCGUUUUAUCUGGAGAUCUUGCUGGAGCAUCAGGUUUUAGUCUCGUCACGUGGUGUGUUAACAUUGCGAGGCUUUCGACUUUUGAGGAUCAUGUCGUUCCUACACCUUGAACGGUCGUACAAAGCGAUGAAAAACCUACGCGAGAUUUUCACGCUAAAGAAAGAGGAACUUGGAGUCGUCAGCUACCUCACGAUUGUCAUUGUUUUGACCUCCUCUACUACCAUCUUUUUCCUCGAGAAUCCAUCGCAGCCUGCCGUAUUCUCCAGCAUCGGCACAUGCUCAUGGUGGGCCAUCGAGACCAUCACGUCUCUUGGAUAUGGCGAUAUCGUCCCCAUCACUGGUCCGGGCCGGGCUUUCUCGUCCUUACUAGCACUCUGGGGCAUCAUUUUGUUCACAAUCCCCGGUGCUAUUCUCGGAAGUGGCUUUGUUGAAGUGAUGCUCAAGAAACAGGAACAGAAGAAUGAACAAGCGAUGGGAGAGUCGAUUCGAAUUUCACUAACACGAGCGCUCAGCUCGAGCAAUAUCACAUUUCCAGGAACAGGUCUAGAUUCGCCAGAGGUAAUGGAGUCACUUCCAGCCCCAGCGUCGAGUUUUCCCACGCCUCGCAACAACUUUUCAUUUGUAGCCCCGACACCUCCAAUUGUGCGUCUUCAAGAACAAGUUGAUCGACUUAACACGACGCAGCUUCAACUUCAAGCGCAAUUAAGCCACCAGGAAUCCCAACUGCAGAAGAUCAUGGCACUGCUGGAGGAAAAUCUAUCCUACUCACGACCAAAACCAAAAGCUGUGCCACCAUUUAGCGCCAUCGUUCCAUCUGAGUGA